AUGUACAGGUGCCCAAAAAAUGAGAUUGCAUGGAGUACGCACCUGGGGGCAACCUUACGACUACCUUCGCUCAAGGGGGGAAGGGAACCUCUACCAGAAGAGGAUGUGUUGAACCUCUUCUGCCAACUGGUGCUUGGGAUGCUACACAUUCAUGAGAGUAAAAUUCUUCAUCGAGACAUUAAGUCAAACAACAUUCUGUUGGACAGAUCGCAUCGUGUUGUUAAGAUUGGUGACUUUGGUAUCUCAAAAAUCCUGAGUAGUAAAAGCAAGGCACACACGGUUGUGGGAACCCCAUGUUACCUGAGCCCAGAGCUGUGUCAGGAGAAGCCCUAUAACCAGAAGAGUGAUAUUUGGGCCCUCGGUUGUGUCCUUUAUGAAAUGCUGACUUUGAAAAGAGCUUUUGAAGCUGAAGUAAGAUCAGAUUUUUAAUUGGAUCAUUCAUUUCUUUUAUUGUAUGAUGUGAUGCUGAUGUAUGCAAACUCAAGAUAAUAUGAUAACAAUGUGUAUUUGGAGUAUGUGUUAUACGUUUUAAAAGGCAAGGUGAAUG